AUGGCGUCUCCGAGUCCAGCUGGCCGAGAUUCACCGAAUCCAAGUUUUAAUGAACCUUUCCAGUUUGAUGAACAAAAAUUGCAAUCUAAUGCUGCCAACCCUGAGAAACAAGAAUUAUACAUUUUUAAUUGGCUAGCAAAUUUAGAAAGAGAGUUAAAGAAAACUGACAAGGAAACAGUGAAAUCAACUCAAACAAACCUUGAAAAGCAAUUAUUAAAGUUUAUAUCAUUUCCAAAGCCCAGUAGACCAAUUCGGCAACUUAUUGCAAGAUGUUUUGUAAUUAUUUAUAUAAGGGGUGAUUCAAGAACUUUAUUUGAUACCAUCACUAUUUUACAAAGCUUUGUUAAUGCAGGGAAAGGUGCUGGUGAAAAAGAAAAAAAAUUGGCAGCUUUACAUUGCAUUGGCAUUAUUAUGAAAUCAAUUGGAGAUCGCAUUUUGUCGUUGCUUCCUGGGAUAAUUGAUAUUUGCCUCAAGACUACCAAAAAUACAACUAAUCCACUAAUUAUUCGUAUGGAAGCAAUCAAUACAAUUACCAAAGCACUCGAAGGUGCAGCUAAAGGGACGACUGAAUUAAUUGUAAAAGAUAUUAUGAAACAAUUAAAGGCCGGAUUAAACGACAAGGCCUCGAUAAUCAAGGUUGCAACUAUCAAGUGCAUGCAAUCGGUAGCUAAACAUACAUAUCAACUAUAUCCAAUUACGGCCAAUGAAUUGGAUCAAUUGCUUUCUCAGAUGGUCAAAGUUCUUGAUGGUUCUAAUCAGACUAUUCGCCGUUCUGUAGCUGAAUAUGUAUCGACUUUGCUUGCAGGAACACAGGGCGAGGUAGACUUUUUAGCAUCUUCAACUGUGUCCAAAAAUAAAACAUCCACGACAUCACAUUCUAGUUCACAUUCAUCGCAAACGCCAGGAAGUCCUACUCUCGGUUCUUCAUCGGAUCCUGUUAAGGUUGUAUUGUCUGUUGAAGAGAUGUUAUCGCAUUUGUCCUCAAUUUAUAAUAAACCAUCUAGUACGCGAGAAGUGCGUUCUGCAAUUAUUGAAGCUUAUUCAGCUCUCUUUAUUAAAUUGGGAACUAAAUAUGUGGAACUAAACUAUGCGGAAAUUGCUCGACAUUUAUUGAAAGAGCUCAUGUCCCAUCCCAAAAAUGUAAACUCUCGAUAUGAUUCACUUAAUGUACGUGAGCACUGUGGAUUGCUGUUACGCGAUGUCAUUGGUACAAGACUACUAAGUGAACAGGGUCAAGUAAUAGCUGUUCGAGAACUAGUACAUAAUUGGGUCAAACAAUGGCCAACGCCGACGCAAGAUAAAGUUGAACCAACAAAAUUAUCACUUGUAUGUGCUGUCAAUGAGAUAUCUGGAUUAUUGAUAGACCUAGGAGGAGCAGCAAGUACUGUUUCGGAUGUACUUGUAGAUCCAUUGAUUAACCUUUUAAGCCAUCCAAGCUAUUCUGUACAAAUUGCAGCUGCAUGGUGCCUUCGAUGUUUUUGUUAUUCAUUGCCUGUCAAAUUAUCAGGGCUUAUUACAAAAGUUCUUACCCUUGUCAAUAAAGACUUGAAUAGUUUAACAAAUCACACUGUUUCAACAGAUUUACCGAAACGAACAUUGGGCCAUGCAUACGGAUUAGCAGCGCUUUUAAGUGUAGUGCCUGCUCGGCCACUUUAUGUUUCAUUUGAAUUAAGUGCACGUGUGUUCUCUAUUUCAACACAACUUAUCAAAUCAAGUACAAACAAGGAUAUUGCAAUUGCUAGUGUUCAUUUACAAGUCGCAUGGAUUCUUAUAGGCUCCUUAAUGUGUUUAGGGCCCAAUUUUGUCAAAUUGCAUCUUCCACAAUUGCUUUUGUUGUGGAAAACAGCAUUACCAAAACCGAUUUCUAAGGAAUCUGUGUCUAAUCGUACAGAAUCCGAGUUGACAUUCAUGUUACAUGUACGAGAAUGUGUUUUAGGGGCUAUGCUCAGCUGUGUAUUACAUAACUCUAAAUUGAUAACUCCUGAUGUUGCUAAACGACUGGUGGCCUUGUUAAAUAAUACUUUAGCUUUUACAACUUUAGUUACUACUUCGUUUCAUAACGUAAAUACACAGAGUAAUUCUACUACUUCGGUUGCGCAACAACUUCCUUCAACUUCAUUGAAAUUCUCUGAUCAUGAAAUUAUGUUAAAACGGAGAAUACUUCAAUGCUUUGUUGCAAUUAGGCCGAUAUCCUCUUAUGAUAAUCUCAGUUCACAACUUUUGAAAAUGUGUUUAUCAUAUUUUGCAGAUCCAGAAAAAAAUAUUGGCUCUGCCAUCACAGCUGCUAUUGCUGCUGUAUCUGGAUCUUUUACAAGCGUCUGGACUACUGGUGAUGAAUAUGCCUAUGGUGUUAGCAGUAGGUUACAAGGAAUGACCGUCGACAUUGCAAAUAUGAUUGAUAGUGAUCAGAAUGAAAAUAGUUUCAGAAUUGUGGCUAGAGAUUGGCUUAAUAGAGAUUUGAUUGAAAGUCGUCUAGAAAAUCAGCUUGAGCAACCAAUAAUUGGGGCUCCAGAAUAUGAUUCCAUAAUGAUUUACACAACAUAUUGGAUGUCACAUUCAAAUUCAACUACAUUCUUAAUAUCCAAACCUGUUCCGGCUGCAUCAGCGUUAGUGGAUUAUAGUAUUGAACUUUUUGCAUUAGUUUUUCCAUUGCAGAAUGCGCAUGUGCAAGAAUCAUGUCUGGAACAACUAAUCAACGCAGUAAGACAUCCAAAAUUGGAAAAAAGCCCAGGAAGAAAAAUGGCCCUUCAAGUGAAUAUGGUGAUAUGUUUAUUGGGCAUAUUCAAAAAUAUCAUGAAUGUUUCUGGGAAAAAAGGAGAAACUUCAGUGCCCGGUAUUGCUGAUAAAAGAGUUGGGGCUCUAGCUAUGGAGUUAUUACAAGAAGCAAUAGUUCACCCGGAUGCAUAUUUGCGUCAUGCUGCUAGUGAUGCACUAGGGCGUUUGUUGAGCGUUGUAGGAGGUAAUAUGGUUCCAACACAAAUGCAACUUCUUGUCGACCAGGUUGUUAUUAACCGUGAUCCUGACACGCGUGCUGGUAGUGCAUUAGCCCUUGGUAGUAUUUAUAGCCAUGUUGGUGGUAUGGCUGCAGGAGGACAUCUUAAAACUUUGAUCGGAAUUUUGUUAUCGCUUAGCAGUGAUCCACACCCAAUUGUACAUUUUUGGGCGCUCCAUGCUUUAGCAAAGAUUAUUGACUCAGCUGGGCCAAUGUUUUCACAAUAUGUGAGUAGUACUUUAGGUAUUAUUGCUAAACUUUAUAUGGCUGAUACUCAUGAACCAUGUGGUGGCACCGUUGGUACUACGAAUGUCGGAUUAGGCUUAUCCGCAUACCAGCAAUUUGGUAAAAUUAUAUAUGGAUUGAUUGGCACAUUGGGGCCAGAAUUACAAACAAAUCCGAAAAUCAGAAAUCUCUGUUUAAAUUUGAUGAUUGAGCUUAGAAAUGAUGAUGAUCAAUUUGUUAUCGUUGAAUCAGUACGUUGUCUUCAACAUUUCAUUAUGCUCGCUCAGCAAUAUGUGGAUUUGCCGAGAUUAGUCGCAUUCUUGCAAUUUCAGUUCUCAAGCAUGCAUUUCCCUUUAAAGGAAGUUGCUAUUACAUGUCUUUACCAAUUAGUUCAACAUAAUGCUAAGCAUGUGUUUGAAAUUGCCGCUCCUGGACUAGAUAAUCAGUUGUUUUCGCUGUUAGAUACAGAUCCUAAAGUCGAUGGAGUAAAAGAUAUUGUCAAAAGUUGGUUAAGUCAGACGGCUCUUGAAAGUCCUUCAUCAUGGGUUGAAUUGUGUCGGAAGGUCAUGUCAAGAACUGGUUCUGUAGCAAGCGCAGGUGCACUUAUUGAGCCACCAUCAUUAGAUAUUACUGGUGAAGAUGCAGGCGAUGUAGUCGAUGAAGAGGGUGAAGAGUUUGGUAUCGAACAACCUUCCAGUGUUAAUGUUACUGUACAAAGACGUAGGAGCCUUGAUAAAAAACCCAAUAUUUCAUCAGACACCGUACAAAUACCACCCAGAUGGCGAACACAGUUCUUUGCACUUCAAUGCCUUCACCAAGUUGUUGAAAUUAUUCAUGCUAGUGGUGAUAAAGAUCAUUUUGAUCUGGCAAUUGCUAAGAAGGGUAAACAAGCUGGCAAGGAUUAUUUAGUUUUAAAGGUUGCUGAACUUAUUAAAAUGGCGUUUACAGCCUCAACGGCUGUAGUAGGAGAAAUGAGAUUAGAAGGCUUAACAUUGUUAAGAGAUGUUAUUGAGAAAUUUUCUGCAACCCCUGAUCCAGAUUUUGAGGAAGCGGCUCUUUUGGAACAGUAUCAGGCACAAAUAGGUGCGGCUCUUACGCCUGCUUUUACGGCUGAUUCAUCACCAGAAAUUCUUUCUGCAGCAGUCAAAGUAUGUGCCGUAUUUGUUGGAAGUGGUAUUGUGAAGGAAUUGCAUCGAAUGGGACGUAUCUUGAAACUAUUGACAACUGCCUUAGAGAAUUGUAAAGAUAAUUCAAGCGUGAACAAAGUUGGUGAUUUUAAGGAUUUAAGUCCACAUGCUGCAAUAAUGGUUAAGCUUUCAGUAUUGAAUGCUUGGGCUGAGCUUCAAGUCGCCAGUACCAAACAAGAUUAUCUGGUUCAAGUUGUUCAACCAAAUUUACCUUUAUUAUGUCCUUUAUGGGUCUCAACAUUGAAGGAAUAUGCUAGAGUGCAGAUAGAACCUGAUAUUACUGAUGCUCAAGCUAAUAUUAUUGGUAAUGGAUCAAUGCAGAAUACUGCACAAACUGAAGUUUUUGACUCUAUGUACAGCGGAUUAACUAGAGAAGUUAUUCUUCCGUAUUAUAACAUGUCAUGGCUAACUAUUUUGGGAGCCGUCGCAAGUUUAGUUCAAAGGGAAAAUCCAUAUAUUAUUCUUGCACUUAACGGAGAGGAAAAAAAAGAGCCUAAAGAACCUGCAAAAUUCUUCUUUAUACUCUUUGGACUUUGUGUUGAAGCACUAUCAAAUACAUUUGGUGGAGGCAACCGAAGCAGCGGUGUUGAAAAUAACGUUGAAAAUCAAAAGAUUGUUCGUACUUGUAUUGAUGCGCUUAAAGCUUUUUUACGAUCAGCAGUUGCAGGAAACGCGUUUCUUAAUGAAUAUGUUUUUAUCGAGUUGAUUAAUCUGUUUGAUCGAUUGGUACUUACUGAAGGAUUUCAAGUACAAUAUGACAUUAUACAAAUUAUCGGAAAUAUAAUUAAAGAUUUUGGAGCAGAGUAUAUCUGUAAAGAUAUACCAAAUAAGAGUGUGAAGAUAAAUGGGCAUAACGAAGAUGAAUCGACUGCUGAACUCACUGAGACAGAUGAAAAUGAAACAAUACUUUUUCAUAUAUUACGAUUACUAGUCAAUAUAUUUUUCCAGAAAAUUCCGUCACUUUCAGAUCGUCCAGAGGUCAUGAGAAUAUUUAGACUGCCGCAAGGAAAUGCAAGAGGUCAAACAUCAAACGAGACUACUAUCCUCCUUAAAUCCACGAUAGAAGCUUUUACGUCGCUCAUAACGAUAGUUCCACCAAAACGCAAAAUUGAUUUAGUUGCUAUUGCAUUUUAUGUUUAUACGUCUAUUAUUCAGGACCCCAAAUUUCAAAGUGAACUAGUGCCUCAUGUACUUGUCAAUAUAAAGCUUUUAUGUGAAAACAUUUCCGCUAAUCUUGAUGAAAAAGAAUUUUAUACAUUUAGCUGUGUAGUUCAUUCAACUAUUUCAUCCACACUAUUGCAAAUAAGUUCACUCACCAAUAGUCAAGACGUAUUAAAAGAUGAAGAAGUGUCUGUAAUUAAGAAUAGUUUGUUGACUGCCGUAAUACUUUUUACCUCUUGUCCAAAAUCAUGUGCUUCAAAUAACGCAAUACAAGCAGAAUUUAUCGAAAUACUAAAGAAUGGAUUUUAUUCCGACAAUAAUAUGAUUGCAAUAACAUCAUUCCAAUGCACACGUACUUUGGUAUUGCUUUCCGCUAAAAAAGAAACCAAUGUUGAUGAUGUUACAUCAGUUCAAAUGAGCCAUAUUUUUAUAAAAACACUUAUUCCGGAAGUAGCUUCUUUUUUGCAAAAAAUAAGUGAUACUUGUGGAACUGAGAAUGCAUCUCAAGAAAAUUCCUAUAAAUUAGAUGUUAUUGAAGAAUCAAUCAAAACUUUAUUGGCCACGAAUACAGUAGCACAAGAUUCGCAUAAAACGGUUCUGAUGGCAGUUACACUACCUACUUUAAUUCAGCUAUUGGCUGAUCCACCACUAGAGAAAUAUAUGUCCUCUUCAGAAGAAAGUCCUUCUCUACACACACUUCCGCCAUUGCACGCACUGGCUGUUUCACAUAUUCUAUCGCUUGCAGGACUACAGCCUCAAAAUUUUAAGGAUGCAGUAACUAUACUAUUACCUGAGCCAAAGGUUAAAUUAGAAGCAGCAAUUCGAUUUAAUGUCUUGCAACAGCAGCAACAACAGCAAAGGUUACAAGAGGAAAGGGAUAGGAGGUAUAAUGAAAGAAUUGAAUUAAAUAAGGGACCUAGCAUAUCUUUGAAGAGUGAUUUCUCUGGAUUUUCUUAA